UAAGAUUAACUUUGAUAAUACAUCUAAAGCCCAUGAUAAAGUGCUCAACAAAUGUCAGCUAUUAUUUUUACUAUUAACGUAUUAAAAUCAUUGGAAAUGAAUGCUUUUAUACAUUCGGUGGUUCAUCCUUUAAUACAAGGCAUGGAUCCUUUAACUGAGUCGGCGUUUCAGAGAGACUAAAGUUUUUAUCAACAGCCGAGCAAGACCGUUCCUGUCCUAAAACCGGGGUCUCCAGGAGCCGCGGGAACGCGCGCAGCCCCGGCUAGGCUAGCGGCUCCCCGCAGGACUCGGGUGCGCAGCCCCGGGGCGGGGCCUGCAGGCGUGGGCGGGGCUCCGCGGGCGGGAGGUUUGAAUCCCCCGGAGGGUGAGCGGCGGUGCUGCAGGGCUGUCUACCAACGCGGAUCUCUCGAGUUCCCGCCCCGGCUCGCCAGCUCCCGCCCGGGUUCGCCCGCUCCCGCCCGGAUUCGUCCGCUCCGGGAUUUGCGGGCGGCAAAGCUCGAGUGGGACGGCCACAGCCGUAGUCUCGGGUCUAGGGUUCCCCGCCCUCCCCAGCCGGGAUCUGAUGUCGGGCGUCUCCGCAGCCCCAGGCAGGGUCAAUGCCCGGGGUCCCCAUAGCGGAGUGUGAGACCCAACUUCCCCGGCCCUUGCGGGAUCUGAGAUGCGGGGUCGCCCCCCCGACAGGAUCUGAGGUUCAGGGUCCCCACGGCCCCCCGCCCCCCUGCAGUGUCUGACGUCUAGGGUCCUCUCCGCGGAGUCUGAGACCCAGCUUCCCCCACCCCCCGGUGCCGCUGCGGGAUCUGAGGUCCAGGGUCUCCCCGCAGGACAGGAGGCCCAGAGUUUCCACAGUCCCCCGCGGGGGUCUGAAACCUAGCUCUCGCCUGUCCCACGGCGGGGAUCUGCGGUCCGGGGUCCCCCAUUCCUCCCUGCGGGAUCCGAGGACCGGGGUGUCCGGCGGCGCCCGCCUUCCCGCAGGCGCUCUCGGGGACGCGGAAGUGGAGUGGCCUGGCCCUGCGAGCGGUAAUUCCGCGCGCUGACCACAGGGCCGCGCACGGGGCCCCGGCGCUCGCGGGGUGAGGCUGACCGCGCGGCGGAGAUUCGGAGCGGUUACUUUCCCAGUCCCGCAAGCGAACUACGACUGUGCCCCUUCUCCGUCCGCAGUUCCCGGGUGGGCCAAGUGAGGCUCCGGGAAGCUUCCAAGUGUCCUUACGGAGACAGAAGGGUUUGACUAGGUUUUUUUGGGACACUGGGCCUCGUGAUUCCCAAGGGCACAGAAAGACUCGCGGAGGAGAACGCUGACCAGCAGUGUUAGUCUGGAGGCGAACCCGAGACUGGGCAGUGGAAAAGCCCCUCUGUCGCCUUUAACGCAAGCGGAGGCCUUAACAUUUUUUCCCCGCCCUCCUUGGGCUGUUUAGAAAACGUGGAUGAGCGGAUUUCCGUAGAGCCGGAGGGGAGGGGCGCGCGUCAGCCCUGCGCAUGCUCAGUCUCUCCCAAUUCUAGCUCGCCUUGUUUGGCGCGGUGCUGCGGGUGCGCAUCCUACGGUCUCUCAUGGCGGCUCCCGGGACGCCAGGGCGCCAGGUCUUGAAAGAUGUAGUGGCAUACGUUGAAGUCUGGUCAGUGAAGGGAACAGAAAAUUACUCAAAGACGUUUACAGACCAGCUCCUGGAUAUGGGGGCGAAGGUUUCAAAAACUUUUAAUAAACAAGUGACUCAUGUUGUAUUCAAGGAUGGAUACCAGAGCACUUGGGACAAAGCACAGAAUAGAGGUGUGAAGCUUGUUUCAGUGCUCUGGGUCGAAAAAUGCCGGACAGCUGGAGCACACAUCGAUGAAGCACUCUUCCCUGCAGCUAACACUAGGGAACACCUACCAAGCCUAAUUAAAAAAAAAAGGAAGUGUAUGCAGCCCAAAGAUUUUAUUCCUAAAACACCGGAACACGAUAAAAGGCUUCAAAAGAAAUUUGAGAAAAUGGCUACAGAGCUACAAAGGCAGAAGAGAAGUCUGGAUAAUGAUGUACCUGUCCUCUUAUUUGAAUCUAAUGGCUCAUUGAUGUAUAGUCCCACAAUUAAAAUGUGCAGCGGCCAGCAUAGUCUAAUGGAGAGGAGAUUACAGGAGAUGAAGGAGAAAAGGGAGAACCUCUCCCCUACCUCUUCGCAGAUGCUUGAAAAGUCUCAUGAUAACCCAGCUAACUCCCCAUGUGAAGCUUCUUGGAACAUUUCACAUGAUACUUUGUGUUCAGAUGAAUCCUUUGCUGGUGACCUGCACUCAUCUCUUGAUGAUCUUUGUGGAAACACGAGAUGUGGAAGUCAGGAAGGGAAACUGGAAGGAAUUAUGGAUGAAAUUAAAAGUGAUGUGUGUGUUUCUUCACCUGCAUUGGGAACAAGUAGCAUCCAUUCAUCAGCAUCUCCCGGUUACCUCAGUCAGUUAACACCUCGGAAACCCAUGGGUAGUCUUUCCAAAGAAGAGAUUCUUCUGCCGGGAGAUCCUGCGGGUGAGGUAGUCACCCCGGACAAGCAGGGAGCAGCCAGGAUGGUGUUUGACGAGAAACACAGCUUGUCCCCUAUGUUACCUGCAACCAAACGCCGCCCUUCGGGACAUUCACGAUCCAAGAGCUCCUCAGCAAAGAGAAAAAGAACAUCUGAGAACUCAGAUGCACCCCGCGAAGAGAAACUGAAGAAGAAGAGGUGCGGUGGGAAGCCUGCCGGGCCGCGGGUGCAGCUGUGGACAUCGGGAAGCCACCUGCAGCUCCCAGCUGGGCCUGCUGUUGAGACUCCUGGUUGUGGGGUGUCCUCGUACGAUGAUUAUUUUUCACCUGAUAAUCUUAGGGAAAGGAGUUCAGAGGCUCUUCCUGGAUUUCAGCCAUCUUCAGGCCUUGCUCGGUUCAGCUGCAGGGGAGGUCUUUCUCAGAGGGAGAGAAGAAACCUACUGCAGAUGGCUGACUUUUCCUGCAUUGGUAAAAAUCCCAGGUCAGUUGACAUGACCAAUGUAACAGCAAAAACUAGCUGCGGUCUUCAGAAGCCUACACAGCACACAGCAGACAUGAUAUGGGGUUGCCUGACCUCUGAGGGAAUGUGUGCCGCUGAAGGAACCCCAGGCUGUUGUCAGCAGGCUGGUGCUCAGAGAAGAGCAGGCCCGCGUGCAGGAGGGAACAGAUGCUGUCAUGUGGAUGAUGAUCCCACUCUGCCGCAGGGGCAUGGACGGGAGGGACUUGAUGGCGAUUUCACUCCUCUGGAAGGGAGCAGCACGGAAAUGAAAGAAUUGCUGGACGUGAGAAGCGUGCAGAAAGAAGAUAGCACUUCUCGAAUGUGGAAUUCAUCUGACGGUGAAAAGCAGCGUGAUCAUGAGCUCGAUUUUGUGGGUGAUCGUACUGUGGACAAAGCUACAGAAGGAAGGGAACCGUCAUCCAGUGGACACGAUGGAAGUGUUAAAAACGGACCAACGAGGCAUGAUGUUUUCGAUGGCUCAUUAGAAGCCUGUACGGACCUCACCAGACCUCAUGAAGAAUCAAAGAAAAGAGGGAAAGCCCAAAAGCCAACAAGAACAUUAGUCAUGACAAGCAUGCCAUCUGAGAAGCAGAACAUCAUCAUCCAGGUGGUGCAUAAAUUGAAGGGCUUUUCAUUUGCCCGGGAAGUGUGUGACACUACUACUCAUGUGCUUGCCGGGAAUCCUCUGCGCACCCUGAACGUGCUGCUGGGAAUCGCGCGUGGCUGCUGGAUUCUCUCUUAUGAAUGGGUACUGUGGUCUUUGGAACUGGGUCACUGGAUUUCUGAGGAACCGUUUGAACUUUCUAACUACUUCCCUGCAGCUCCUAUUCAGUCACUCAGCACAAGGUCUGUGCCUUUGACAACUACCUGUUGCUGCAAUGAUGGGCCCAUCAGUCAACACCACAAAGUUGUCUUUGGACAUUCACAUGAGCAAACACUCAAGAGAAGGGAUGGAUGCAGAAACGAUGCCUUUUUAUAUCAUCACACGUGUGCCUUGUGGUUUUUAUAUAAAGAAGCUCCUCCAUGUGACUUUCUGAUGACUGAAUGUGUGCUUUACAGAAGCACUGACCAGCCCUAUUUGGGCCUUUUCUAUGCAAUGCCAAUCUUAGUAUUUUAGUGAUGAUCACGAUUAAGAGGUCAUAGAACCUUGGUCAUGGAAGCACCAUACUGUUAAAUAAAGAGUGGGAAUUCAUUUAAGUUGUUUUAUUACUGAGAGCAAAGAACCCCUUAAGUUUCUUGGUUGGACUCGAAGAUCUUUACUGACAUGUCAUAUCCUAGUACAAAGGAUAUCAAUCAGUUAUCAGGGUUACUUUUUACCUACCUGAGAUUCUUCUCAAAGUAAUUAAUGAAAACAGGUGUGGGAGCUUUGCAGUAAUUAAUGCCACCAGAGGAGCCCUACUUCUCCAGGUUAGUUUAUGGUGAGGAGAGCAUUACCAACAAGAGAUCAUGGCCUCUGCUGGCUGUACAAUGCUUGCCAUUCCUUAGAGGAAAUUGGCAGUGGGGCUGAAUCAUAUACACACUGGUCCCCUUCUAAAGGAGAGAAAUGCUAAGUCCCAACAAGGCUGGAGGUAGCACCAAGACUUCCUCCUGAUACUAUACCCUCCCCAUGUUAUCUGUUCCUCAUCUCCGCUGUUACUCCAACCUUAAUAAAUUUCAAGUCCCUCAACAAAUAUAGUGGAACAGCUUCUAGAAUAAACCUUCAGAGAAGGAGAUAGCAAUGCACAAGGAAAUGAGUUUCCUCUUAGUUUUAAUAUAAUCUAUGCCCCAAACAAUCCCCUCAACUCAGCAGGCACCAGUCCCCUCCUUCCAAGUUAUAAACCCUGUUUCACUAUGUCCACAGGCAUUGUGGGCUUGGCUACUUUGAAGCUCAGGUACUUUGGCAGAGCUCCCACAACACCAAAGAUUCCUGAGGAGGCUGACGAAAAUUGUGCUGACUCUUGUUGGGGACCAUCCCCUACCCCAUCAGCCACAGACGACCACCCAGGUCUGCAUCUCAGUGCCAAGUUCUGAUCCCUAAUGCUGGCCUGCCUGCCAGUGGCUGGUUGAGAUUCUUUCUGAAAGGUAACAUUUUAUGAGGGUGCUGAUUUGUGUCAGGAAUUACACAAAGCAUUGUAUAUGUGGUACUUCAUUUAAUCUCCUAACAAUCCCAGAAGCCAGUAGCUAUAGGUCUGUAAUCCCUUACCUAAAACAUAGUCCCAGAACUCUAAUUUUUUUUUUAAUUUUGAAAGGUAUGUGGCUCUCAGCAUUUCUAUAUAAGAUUGUAUUGCUGAUUACACUUAGAGAAGGCAGCAAGAAAAAGGAAUUAAGGCAUGAAGAUUUGAAAUGAAGAAGUAAAACUAUUCUCAAAGGUUACUAUUACAUAUAGAACAUUAUAAGGAAUCAAAGAUAAUACAGAAUGAAUAAGCAAGGUAAGCAAGAUUUACAGGAUACAAAAUCGAUAUACAAGCACUGGGUGUUAUAUGCAAACAAUGAAUCAUGGAACACUACAUCAAAAACUAACGAUGUAAUGUAU